AUGUCGGAUUGUUGUGGGCACGUGUUGACACUCAUUGUGCCCCUAAGGGAACCAAGCAGAGUUAUGUAUCUGGUGAAGAAGAAGAAGGAAAAUAAAAAGGAGGAGAAGGAGAAGAAGAAGAAGGAGGAGGAGGAGAAGAAGAAGGAGGAGGAGGAGAAGAAGAAGAAGCAAAACCGUUCCGAUGAGAAGAAGAAGAAGGAGAAGCAACACCGUUCCGAUGAGAAGAAGAAGAAGGGGAAGGAAAAGAAGAAGAAGAAGAAGAAGAAGAUGAUGAAAAAGAAGAAGAAACAGCGUUCCGAUGAGAAGAAGGAGAAGAAGAAGAAAGAGAAGAAGAAGAAACAGCGUUCCGAUGAGAAGAAGAAUAAGGGGAAGGAAAAGAAGAAGGAGAAGAAGUAG